CCGAUAUAUAAGUCGCUGUUUCUCGCUUGUACUGUACAGUGUGUUUUUAGCGAUGCUGCGAGCCUAGAGUCCGACGCGAGACUCCUCCGCUCACAGGUCUAUGAAGUGCUCUGCAAUUUUGAAAAUGUCUUAAAGCAAGCCUAUAGAUGACUACAGCCUGUUUCGCGGUACAAUUUAGGCGUAAUAGAAUUACCAGAGUAGACUUAGCAGCUUCACUUUCCUCAACACGACCAUUAUGUUGCCUUGGAAGAAGAACAAGUUCGAGCUGAUCGAGGAAGACAAGCAGCAGUCCAAGCAGAAGGGCUAUGCCGUGAGCCUCAACUCUGCGCUCACCUCCUUCGCCAAAUCUUGCCCAGAAAGCGCGCUCAACAGAGUCGGGAGCAUGUUCAAAUCCAAGCGGAAAAAGGUGAAGAUCACCAGCGAGGACCCCACGUACACAGUCUUGUACCUGGGCAAUGCCACCACCAUCCAGUCCAAGGGGGAUGGAUGCAUAGACGUGGCCGUCAGUAAGAUCUGGGGCAAGAGCGAGAUGGGCAAGAACGGCACCAAGAUGAAGCUGACCAUCAGCUCGCAGGGCAUCCGCAUGGUCCACGUCGACGAAAAGGCGAAGAGACCAGGACACCUGUAUUUAUUGCACAGGAUCACCUACUGUGUCGCAGACCCGCGGCUUCCCAAGAUCUUCGCCUGGAUCUACCGGCACGAGAUGAAGCACAAGGCGGUGAUGCUGCGCUGUCACGCCGUGCUGGUGUCCAAGCCGGAGAAGGCGAAGGCCAUGGCGCUGCUCCUCUACCAGACCUCCGCGACAGCGCUGGCCGAGUUUAAAAGACUCAAAAGAAGGGACGACGCCAGGCACCAGCAACAGCAGUUAAUCGGGGAGCAAACGAUUCCCCUGGUGCCCCUGAGGAAGCUGCUAAACGGACAGUGUUACUACAAGCCCCCGGUGGAGCGCAGCAGGAGCGCACCCAAGCUGGGCUCCAUCACGGAGGACCUGAUCGGGGAGGAGGAGGAGGAGAAAGCCAUGCACUUUGAGUGCGAGGAUAUUCUGGACACCGUCAGCGACUGUGUGGCCAACGGCAAGCAAGAACUGUGCCAGAUUAUCAAUGACUUGGGCUCCAUGAGUAUAGGGAACGACGUGCAGAUGCUAAAAGCCGAUCUGAGGGUGACUCGCCUGCUGUCUGGGGAGAGCACAGGCAGCGAGUCUUCCAUAGACAGCAACCAAGAGACCGUUUCUCUUGCCAGUGGCACUGUGGAUAGGAAAAUGCAAGAAGUCGGCUGACCUUUCUUGAAUAUAAUAAAGACACGAUGCUUCGUGGUAAAGAAGAAACGCGUUUGGGUGCACGAAUGUGCCAUUUCAUCCACUUGACUUGAAAGCGCAACGUUAGAAUUCACGGGGUGUGUUUUAAAACCUAUCGAGCUGCCUACCUACACAUCAAGUUUGGGCCAAAACUGCUGCUCUCUGUAAAAAAAA